AUGUCUCAACAAAAGACGACAAGCUCAAAUACGCCAUGGAUCGUUGCCAUAGCAGCCGCAGCCUUUGCAAUAGGCGUCGCCACAUCUGAUGCCGUAAAGGACGCCGUUUUCGAUAUCCAAGAUGUGAUCACGACUUAUGAGGGAGAAAAUACUCUUCAAGAGCUGACUGCGCUGCCAUCGCAAGUACAAGUCGUGGAUCCAGCAGGAUUCGCAGUGAUGCCUUCAGUACCACCAGAAAACAUUGCCAAUGUUACCACGAAAUUUAUUCCUCCAGGAUAUACUAUGGAAAGUCUAAAGGAGAAGCCGUUCCAUGUUUAUCACCCAGACUUCAUUCACAUCUUGGGUGCAAAUCCGACCCUUACACUCAUUGCCGAUUCAGGCACGGACCCGCUGUUCCACGAAGCUGUAGUAUGGUAUCCUCCUACAGAUGAGGUUUUCUUUGCUCAGAGCGCCGGCCCAUUAUCAGCUGGAACAGGCUUGAAGAAAUCCAGUCUCAUUUUAAAAGUAUCCUUGGAAGAAGCCAUGGCCGUCUCGACCCAGCGAGAUGCCGUUGGUAAAGUUCAAAUUCACAAAGUUCCUACAGAGCCGCAGGUCAUUAACCCCAACGGAGGGACAAAUUACAAGGGCACCAUCUUGUUCACAGGCGAGGGGAUGGGCGCAGAUGUCGCUCCAGCACUCUUCGCUAUCAAUCCAGUACCGCCUUACAACACCACUAUCCUCGCCAAUAAUUACUUUGGCCGCCAGUUCAACUCCCUCAAUGACGUCUCGGUUAACUUCAGAAACAAGCACAUUUAUUUUACGGACACUGUAUACGGCUAUCUGCAAGAUUUUCGACCGAGACCUGGCCUUCCGAACCAAGUAUAUCGUUUGAACCCUGAUACUAGGGCUGUUACCGUCGUGGCAGAUGAGUUUGUAAAUUGUAAUGGAAUCACCUUUUCUCCCGAAGGUCGCUAUGCCUACAUCACCGAUACAGGGGCUGGCAAGGCUUUCCGAGGCUACGAUAACACUGGACCAUCAACAAUAUAUCGUUACACGGUAGCUAGAGAUGGAACCUUUAAAGAUCGAAAGGUGUUUGCAUAUCCUGGAGUCGGCAUUGUGGAUGGGAUUCACUGCGACUCUAACGGCAAUGUUUAUGCGGGUUGUGGCGAUGGUGUUCACGUGUGGAAUCCUUCAGGAACUCUGCUGGGCAAGAUAUUUCUUGGCGAGGCAUCGGCCAAUUUCCAAUUCGCGGGCGACAGUCGAAUGAUUAUCGGUGCCGAAACACAUUUGUAUUAUGCAACCCUGGCUGGAAAAGGAGCACCACUCUCAUAA